AUGAAAUUUUCUACCAUUGCUAUCUUAUCCGUUAUUUCUUUAACUUCUGCUGCUACCACUGAAGGUGGGGCUGUCGUUACAGAAGUUAAUACUGACACUACUCUUGCUACGGUUACCAGCUGUGCUGAGACUGUCACCGAGUGUCCAGGUAAGGCUUCCUCUGCAGCUGGUGAAGUAUCCAGUCCUGGUUCAGUUGCACCAUCCGUUGCCCCAUCCGUUGCUCCAUCCGUUGCUCCAUCCGUUGCUCCAUCCGUUGCCCCAUCCGUUGCACCAUCUGUUGCACCAUCUGUUGCACCAUCUGUUGCACCUUCUGUUGCACCUUCCCCUUCGAAUGCCACCAGUCCAGGUGUCUCUUCUAUGGAAGGUGGUGCCGCCAUUAACGGUGUCUCAGGUGUCGGACUUGCUGCCUUAGCUGCCGGUUUAUUAUGUUUGUAA